UGUUACCUAGAGGAUUCUCAAAGUCCCAAUGGCCAGUGGACUGAGUGGGUCGUAGGGAGGUUCUACGUUGUUCUACAUUGAAAGAUGGCUGCUGUUUCACUGUUAGAUUGCCAUGUCACGUCAAUUUUGAGUGGUGCCUCGGUGUUUUAGCUUGAAGGGCGAGAGUCUUGUCAGCUUUUGGGGCGAACUACGCUUGGUCGAACGAUCAACUUCGUAAAAGAUGGUUUAAGCCAUAAAAGAGGAUGAAUUGUCAUCAAAUACUGAGCGGAGCCUGUAAUGCAGGCGACCGCUGCUACGCCGUCGGCUCCGUCGAAGGAAUAUCCUUUACGGCAUAUGCGGCUGGUUGCAACAUCGUGAUACUCGCCAGCAACUUUGAGAGAGUUCAAAUAAUUCCUGGAGCCGUACACAACUACAUUCGUAUCAGCUGCUUGGACUGCAGUACCGACACGGGGAAGAUCGCCGCUGCCUAUGAGAAUCAAGUGUGCAUCUUCGAGCCAACGCCUCUUAUCCACAGCACGUGCUCCCACCAAUUGGAGUAUCGAUGGGUUCAGACCGGUAGUUUACAGACCGAGUCUCACAUCAGUUCUCUCUCUUGGAAUUUGGAGGGUACUCGGCUUCUGACUGGAGGCGAAUUGCUCCAACUAUGGCAUCAAAAUAUCCAACCUUUCCAGGAGGAGCACACUGCGAAGAUGAAAAUGUUACAAAUGGAGGAGAUUGCUAUGACCGGAGGCGAACAGAGCGUCAUGGGUUCCAAUCCUCAAGAUCCAAGUACAGUAACGUUUUCGAUUGGUGGCGAGUCGGAAAGUCCCGGAGGCGGAGAGUCAACUAGCGGAAACGAGCCUGGAUCUUGGAGUUGCGUAUGGAAAUGUCGCACAGCCACACCCGUUCACCUGAUGAGCUUCAGUCCUGACGGCACUCUUUUCGCAACAACGGGAUUAAACGACAGACUCGUUAAAAUAUGGUUCGAGAACAAGCAAUUAUUUCCAUCAAGGAGUAUGGACCAUUCGAGCUUCAAUCAAGCCUCUGGCGAUAGUUACAGCUUCGUUUACGUGGCUCAUCCUCGCGCUGUCACCCACCUGUCGUGGCGUAAGACCAGCAAGUACAUGCCAAAGGGUUCGGUGUCGAAUAUGCUGGUUACAUCGUGCCGCGAUAACAUUUGCCGUGUUUGGGCGGAAACGAUACCGCCCGAGAUCGAAGGGUUGGCCAACAUGAGCCAAUUCGAAGGAUCCGACCGACAUGGACAUCACGGGAAACACCGUCAUCAUACCAUGCACAAGCAUCGCUUCAUGCAGCGACUCAAACAUAUGAAGACAUGUUUUCAUAUUCGUCGACAUGCAAAACAACAGCAGCAACGGCAAUCCGGCCACACAGCUCCAACCCUUCCAACUUUACCGUCGACUUAUUCUGUUCAUGAUUUUCACAACAGCUACCAAGGUUCGGGUCAUUAUCCGGGAAUGCAUUUCCAUUUGGCGGCCAGUAUCAACGCAGAGACGGAUAUACCGUUGGUACCGAGUCUGAUCACUGGAGAUCCCGACAGAGAGCCAAACUUCAUUUUGCACUGGCUGAAUAAUAAGGAGAUGCAUUUUACAAUGCAGGCCGAGAGUAUUUUGCAGGAAUUAACGCGUAAGGUCGUUGAAAAGGAAGAGGGAUUGCAGCAUCAGGAAGCGGAUCAUGCGGAUCACGAUUCGGAAGAUGAACACACGCCAAAGAAAGGAACUCGCCAUCAAUCGGGUCAGAGGGCAACGGGUGUGGGAGGUCGAACGACCAGCCAAGAAGAACACAGCAGUGACGAACAUCAUACGAAUCAUACGACUUCCUCCCAUCACAGCCUACCGCAUAGUGUCCAGUCUCACCAAAGUCUUAGCAACACUACCUCGAUCAAUUCGAUAGCCACCGAUGCGGCCUCCUCCAUGAAUCACGCUCCAGACUCUCUGGAUACGAAGAUAGAGACGCUGCUACGCGACUGGCAUCACAAUCCAGACCUUCUAUUCUCGAUUCAUCCGAUAGACGGAAGCUUUCUCAUUUGGCACAUAGAGUGGCUGGACGAAUAUCAUCCUGGAUCCUUUCGUCAAGCUCAAAUAUCAUUUUCAACCCGAAUACCGAACGCUUUUCCUUUGGGCGAUGCGUCCACCAUGAGUCAUAACGUCUCCAUGUAUUCUCAUAACACCGGCGGUCCAUUGCUCAACAUACGGGAGGUCGCCAAGAGUACGGCGAAGCCCACCGAGUCAACAGAGGUAACGACCCCCUUGCCCAGCUUGAUUGAGCAGGACGAGGAACAAUCCACCCUGACUUCUCGAGCUGGUCAAGAGUUGUUGAAGAGCGUGCAAAAUCUCGCCGAACAAAAUCAAAAUGAUAAUAAUGCCGGGCACAAUAAUGCAACUGCACUGGAUAAUGGGAAGCACGGGCAGGACAACGUAACGGAUAUGUUGGGGCAUCCGAGUCCCAUCGUUUCUAUGGUAUCCAAACACUCGAACGGGACACUGAAUUUGUGGCAGUUAACAUUCGCCGAUAAAACGAAAUUCUCUCAAGUAUUGAGCAUCGGCCAUGCAUCUAGAGCCUCUGGACAUCGGUUUCGUGUAAAUGAUAUCACGUGUCAUCCUGUGUUGCCUUUACUCGUGACGACGUCUCAUCAUAAUAUACCAGAAUUCCCUACGGCGCAGACUCCGCUGUCGACGGAGAAUAUCGAGCACAUGGAAGGUAUGGAGGACAAGGAGGACUCGAGCAGGAGCAAAGACGUAAUGUCGCCCACCGGCUUUUGCAGUGAAUUAAUUCUUUGGCGAGUGGACGCCGUUGGUCCGCUCUCCAAGAGCGGUGGGGUUUCCGAGCUAGCACGUAUCAAUUCUCCUGAGAUAUCGGCAUUCAGUAAUGUCGCUUGGAUUCCUACCUUGUUGCCCAGUACCACCCUGGGAAACUUGUCGAAUUCUCCGAGCGCCUGCUUUGUAGCCAGUGACGGGGAAUGCCUUCGUGUUUAUCAAGCUGUCAUCGACGCAAGAACACUGCUGGCUGAAGUUUCUAUAAGCGAACGAAGAAGUCGAAUGAUGGAUUCGAUGGCAAGCUUGUCGACCGACACCUCCUCCGAUGAUGGAAUUCGACACUCGAUUCACGACCGAAUUAAGAUAGUCUCGCAGCAGUCGACCGCGAGACCCGGGUGCGUCAUUCAAUUGGAUGCCAUCGCGGAUGCGACCCACGAUUGGCAGAAUACGCAGUUCCUUCACGUCUUUCAGGAGCAACUGAUAACCGGCGAGAGGAACGACGAAAAACAGCCCGGUGUCGAGAAUUCAACGAACGAUUUGGGCUUGAUGGAGUCAACGUUGGAUGCCAUGGUCGAUCUACAGCAAUCGGCUAUAUUCGAAGAACCUUUCUACAUCGUGGUACUCGAGAGAACGGUAAAGGGAACAACGGUACACAUGUGGCGAUUGGUCAUAGCUUCACAACCCGAAACUACUGGACUGUCCGGUUCGAUGAUGUACGUGCCGGACUCGCAUCUGGUUCAGGACGAGGACGAGGAGGGAACUCCCGGACGGGCGAAUAAUUACGAGGGCGGAGGAAAAAGAUCUCGCCGACCGAGCCAGACUGGAAGCAGGAGCAGACGGGAGAGUCAAGCGGACUACGAUUCUACAUUCGUCCAUAGACGUAAUCACAGCAGCCACGUUCUCAUCACAACCACAAAAGUUUGUACUCAGGAACUUCCACUUCCCGAGGGCAUCGAAGUUGUGCACGCGGCUCCGGCUGCGGGACACCUGAGCAGCUCCUCGAUAUAUCCGGCCUGUUUCGCGCCCUACAUCGUGGUGACUGCGUGCAGCGACAGCACCGUUAGAUUCUGGAAGUGCAAGGUGACAAAGAGCGAACUGAACCGAGAGCAGCAAAAGCAUCUCAGUUACGAGUGGUGCGAAUGGGAAAUGAUACGCAAAGAUCAGGAAUCUACGAUUGACAUAACCGGUCAGCCGUUAAACAUAAGCGCGGCCUACAGCGGUCGCAUUGCUUGCGCUUACAAGUAUGGAAAAUCAUUUACGCGUCCAACGAAAAGCGAUCCUGACUCGAGAUAUGUGAAUCUGUGCGUGGCGAUUUACGAGUGCGAAAGCACCGGCGGAAGCGAAUGGGUACUGGAGGACACGAUUCAUCUGAAGAACAUUCAUCUUCCGCGAAUACAAGUUGAUCAGCAUCUGGAUCUCAGUUAUCUCUAUGACAGUAGAUUCUUGCAGAAGAAACAGAGGCUGACGCAGGUGUUGCAGACUCUCAGCCACGAGGACGUCAGAUCGCCGAGAAACGGAGAGAACGGAGAGAGCACGAAGUCGACUGCCGGCUUGCUUGCCGUUCCCUCGUUCAGCACGUUACAGUCGCUGCGCAAGUCAAUUAUCGAAAAUGGGAAUACUUGUCCAUUGACGCAGAAGCAUCUGGUGCAAUUGGAUUGGGUGUCCAAGGAGGAUGGUUCUCAUAUCCUGACCGUCGGCGUGGGUUCAAAGAUAAUGCUCUUUACGCCGGUCUGCUCGGACUUGGCGCAGGCCAACAUGAAGGCCAUGAAAGAGUCUCAGAGUAACAACAGGCCGAUACUUAGGAAGACCUCAUCCCUGGCACAGCCACAGUUUGUCGACGAAAUACGUUGGAUGAAAUUGAGAAAAAUCGAGUUGACCACUGCGGACGGAUUACCGCCUUUGCCAAUGCAAAUAUCUUGGGUGAGAGACGGCAUACUGGUGGUCGGGAUGGACUCCGAAAUGCACGUAUAUUCUCAGUGGAAACCGAAUCCAAAAAAUGACUGCUUUCACUCAAAUCUUCAGCACCAAGAAUCCGAUGAGUUCCAGGCUAGCAGAAACCUGAGGGAUGAGGAUUUGCGUACUCUCGCGCACGAGACUUCCCAGAGGCGAUUGGCGAACGUCUCCUCCAUGCCACAUCUCUCUCGUGUCAGUAGCAUCAAUCUGACGAUGCUCGACGCCAAGAAAAAGCGGGGAAUGCAAAAUGACAAUGCCAGCUUCGAUUACAUGCCGGACUACGGGCUGUUCGAGGCCUCGAGAAUAGCUUGUCCCGUGCUACCCCAAUAUCAUCCGAAGCAGUUGAUGGAGCUCUUGAAUUCGGGAAAGAUUCGAUGGGUCAAGGCCAUAUUAGCACACCUGGUCAGGUCGAUUGCGAGCUCGUGCUCCCUGAGAGUCGAUGACGAGAAUUUAGUGAAACAACGCGGAGGAUGGUCCAGGUCGAGGACCAUGUCCGUGAGCUACGUCGGGACGACGUCGCCCUUAGAACCAAGAGGUUCUACCACUCAGAUUCCAGAGGAAUUGACUUUAGAUUAUGCGGAAUUACCUUCGAUCUCGCCACUUCCACUCUGGACGCUUUUGAUAGCCGACAAGGAAACGAACAUGCUUCAUCAGCAGAACGAGGAGAAGAACGAUUACAAUGAACUGUUCGAUGGUAAUGUGGACGAGGGAGACUCCCUCGACGACAUGCUGGACGAGGAUUACGACUGCACUCGGCAAAAGGAUCGAAGGUCUUCCGUACCAGAGAGACAAGGAAUAUCGCACUUUGGUCCACGGCAGGGCAGAUUCCUCUCGCGUCUUUUGACGCACACCCACUUGCCGGGAUUGUCCAGCCUCGAUCAAAUGCAUCUUCUCGCACUGGCCGACACUGUCUCGACCUGCAACAUUGACUUCGCGGAGCGCUUCGCUAUCGACGCAGCCAAGAGUGCCAUCGCCAAGGAAAAUUUAACGGGGAUUCCCGAGGGAGAGGCCGUCUCGAUGGACUCUCUCGACGACUGCGGUCUGAGGUUCCUUCUGGCCAUGAAGCAUUACAAUUACUUGAUUCGGUGCUUGCCAAUUGCGCAGAGGGCACAGUUCCAGAUGCAGGGCGUCUCGACAAACAAUCUCGUCUGGGCUUUCCAUUCGGAGUCCGAGGAGGAACUGCUCGGCUUGAUACCGUCCUAUGCCAAAGGCCAACCCAAGUGGUGCAUCCUGAAGGAACUUGGCGUAGGGUGGUGGAUCAGAAGCAAUACUGUCCUUAAGCUCUGCAUCGAGAAGGUCGCAAAGGCGGCUUUUCAAGAUAAGCAAGAUCCGUUGGACGCUGCCAUUUACUAUCUAGCAAUGAAGAAGAAGAAUUUGGUCUGGGGUCUAUUUAGGAACAAACGGGACGACAGGAUGACGAGUUUCUUCGCUAAUAACUUUGCCGAGGACAGGUGGAGGAAGGCUGCUCUGAAAAAUGCAUUCGCCCUUUUGGGUAAACAGAGAUUCGAACACGCCGCUGCCUUCUUUUUACUUGCCGGCGCAUUGAGAGAUGCGAUUGACGUCUGCCUGAAUAAACUUAAUGACAUUCAGUUGGCUAUGGUGAUCGCGAGGCUCUACGAGGAAGACAUGACGUCGCCUAAUUUGAAGAGAUUAUUGUACGAGGAAAUUUUGGGUUGCGACAGCGAGGGAAACAAUCCAGAUCUGCACAUGGCCCAUCCUGAUCCAUUUCUACGUAGUAUGGCUUUGUGGAUUCUGAAGGAUUAUUCAGGAUCGUUGAACACGCUGCUCUUGACGAAUGUCGGGACCAUGCAUCCUCAGUACAAUGACGAAUCGGAGAAACCUGAAGGCGCUACAGCGAAUCCUAAUGUAUUCAACUUUUACGUCUACCUUCGUACACAUCCGUUGUUGAUUAGACAAUACAUUGCGUCCACUGCCCAAGAUAAAAAGAAGGGCCACUCCGUUGUUAUUUCCGGAUUUAGUUAUGGAGUGGAAACAAAGAGUCUACCGGACAAACAAUUGAUGCUCGAAGACAGUAUAACGCCCCUGGAGAGGCAGCUGUACUUCACGACGGCCCAUGCGCACUUCAAGGCCGGAUGUCCAGCACUUGCCCUCGAAGUACUAUCAAAAUUGCCGAAUAAAGUGUUGGAUACAAACUGUGAUGACUCCCCCAUUUUAGGUCUUUUGAAUAGUCCCAACAAGUCACGAGCGCAGGACGCUCAAAUUGAUACGGGAAUAAUUAGUUGGGAUGAUAGCAGUAAUAAGACGACGGCUGCACCGGGACCCUCCCCGGCUGUAGACUGGGGUGCCUCAGGAAUGGAUUGGUCAGAGCCGGUUAAGUCUCGAACCGAUGAUGAGUUAGUGUUGAAGUGGGAUGAUGAUGAUGAUCCUGUCGACAAUGAGGAUGCCGACAGUCCUCCUAUGAGUAUGAAACUGGACAAGCAGGAGGGCACCGAAAUUGACAAGCAGGAGAAGGAUGAAGAUCCUGCGAAACAGACUGGGCAGCUCGAUAUAAUGGCGCAACAAUUAAAGUUCGUGGCCUGUCUAAAAAUUCUCAUGGAGGAACUAUCGACUUUGGCAACCGGUUUCGAGGUGGACGGAGGGCAACUUCGAUAUCAACUUUACGUGUGGCUCGAGAGAGAAGUAGAUGCCCUGCGACAACUAUGCAGCUACAGUACUAGCGUGGACGGAGAUAUCAAUAAUGUUUCAGAAUACGAAGGUGGAAUGGUGGAUGACAUACCGUCUUACAGACCAGGUGAACAACCAACGUUGCAUGAAAUUCUGGUCGCUGAAAAACUAGACUUCGAAGCAAAGGUUCAAAGAGCAGCUAGAAGAAAAAAGUGGUUGAAAGCCAACGAGACUCUGCUACGAACACUGUUGUCCUACUGCUCCCUCCACGGUGCAUCCGGAGGUGGAUUGGCUUCGGUAAGGAUGGAAUUGGUUCUGUUAUUACAAGAAUUGCAGCAAGAGAAGACUCAACAACAAUUGCUCAGCCCUCUACCGUUCCCAACGACUUUACCUUUACUGAGCGCUAGCGUGGCUUGCAACAAGACAGUUGUUGCGGAUCCCGUCAGGCACUUGCAGUCGUUGGCUCACGAUAUGCUUCAAACAAUAGUGGAGCUGCGGAGCACGCCUAUGCCAAACAGAAAUAGCCACUACAGCGAGGUAUUCACGUUACGGGACUUGGCUGUAGCGCUGAGUGCGUGCAUCUAUCAAUCCCUUUGCGAUUCCGAUACCUUCGUGAUGAAGCAUCAGCAACCUGACAGUUUCCCUGCUGGUGCUGAAGUGGAAACGUUCUCUGGUGGGCAUUUGGUCGCAUCCAAUAGAUACCAUCGACGAUAUUCUACCGACGACGGAGUCUGCAUCACUACCUCGCCCGCAAAAUGGCCAGGUGUCACCAACUUACGUGCCCUUCUUGCACGAGAAAAGGAUGAAGAUACACCUAACCUGAAUAUCCUGCUUUGCGAAGCAUUCGUGGCGACCUACAUGAGUCUCUUCGUCUACGCUUUGGCCAGUUGCGACAGUCAUAUUCUUUAUAGACUGGUCGGUCAAAAAUUUGACAAUAGUACGUGGUCUUGUCUGUUCGGGGGUGGCGUCAAGAAAUUACUCCGCGUAGCGAGUACCAGCAGUCAGGCCGGAGUUAGCUGCAGGGUGGAGAGGGUCGAUAGUGUUUCGAGCGAAACGCAGAGCACCGGUGGGAUGUGGAACACGAUGACGUCGUUAACGAAACAGCGCGUUCGAUUAAACAUGAAGCUACUCGGACAAUUUACUGGACAACAGCCCAAUAUGAAGGAGGACAAACCCACCUACAGGGAACAGUUUGUCUCGCCACAAAUGAGCAUGAUUUCAUAUUUUUUAAUGAAGCCUCGCAUCGAAGGCGAUGACGCCGAUGAAAUUGAUUACGAUUCCUCGGACUCGGUAAUUUCCGAUCUGGAUUCUUCCGAGGACGAAGAGGAUGUUUUUGACACAAACGCCAAACCAAAGAGCAAGCCAAAGGAUAACACUGAACAUACUAAUCCUACCUCACAUAGUUGGUGCAUUAUGCGGUUAGCCAUAGUUAAGAUACUCCAGCAGCAACUGCAAGAUUUCUUAAAUGUCGCUGGAAUCGAGAUGCAAGAAUUGCCUGUGAGCAGCCCGUUGAUACACGGGACAUUGGGCAUCGUGGCCCAGUGGCAGGAAGCCUUGCGAGAGGAGCUGGAGGCGAAAGGUCCGCCGCCCGCGAACUACAUACCAGGAUGUGCGCCGGAUCCGGCAGCUACACCAGGACGACCUGCAAUUCACAAAUAUCGUUCCUUGUUAGAAAGGGGCAACACUCCAUUCAACACUCGGAUGGCGUCAGCCGCUCCUGCGAAUCGGCUAUGGUGUUACUUGGUAAGACAGGAGUUGGUACAAGACAUCUUUAUCCGUUCAGUAUUUGGAAAGCGGCGCUCCUUGUCCUCGAUAUUGGACAACAAUCAAACGGCGGUCGACGGCAUGACUCGUGGUACUAGUGCGGCCGAAGAUAAAGGUAGCGAUAGUGGCACCGCGAGUCUUCUCGAGCCCGUCAGGAUCAUCCACAAGGAGCAAGAUAGUAUUAGUGCCUUCUGCCUCAAUCAGGUCAAUCCAGGUUUGAUGGCACUGGCAACACCUCGCGAGAUUCAGGAAAUGGAUAUCUCCCUGCUGUUGGAGUUGCCAUCGUGGUUGGAGGAUGAGUGCGAAUUCGACAUCAUUAAUUUGAACAAGCAGCCCGAUCCAGAGUCUGUACAACCAACCAGUUUCCUAGUCAUACAGACGGCAGCGGACCGACCACUCCUCGCACAAAGUCCACAGCCGAAUAGUCCUCAGCCACAAUCGGGCAUUGCAAGUCAAAGCGGACGCGGAGCCAGUGUGAUGAAGGGGAUGCCCGCUUUCCCUGGCUCCCACGACCUGCGCUUCUGUCAGUUUGUCGCUGAUAGGAGCAAACACUUGUUGAAGCCGAUCUUGAAGCACAAAGUCGAUGGUAUAAGGAGAGUCUCUUCGCAUCCGCUAUUACCGCUGUACUUAACUGGAUCUCAAGAUGGUUCGGUAUCCCUUUGGGAAUGGGGCCAUCAAACUGCAGUCGCAACUCCUCGGCCAGCAGGAACUUUUGCCAAGGUGACUCGCGUGCGAUUUGCUCAGCACGGCAACAAAUUUGGUGUUGCCGAUUCGGAUGGCCACCUCAGUCUGUUCCAAGUGGCCUGCAGAGAAGGAACAGCCAGACCAUUCUUCAAUUAUCAGUGUCACAGUAAGGUCACGGCUGACUUCGUCUUUUUGGGAGCAUGCAGUUUGGUCGCCACUGCGGGACACGGCUCGGAAGGACGUAACGUAGCCCUCUGGGAUACUCUGCUUCCACAGAAUAAGUCUCUUGUGCAAGGGUUCGUUUGCCACGAUCAAGGUGCCAGCUGUGUUGUACUAGCACCGCAGCAUCAGCUGCUGAUCAGCGGUGGGAAGAAGGGCGAUAUCAACAUUUUUGACGUCCGACAGCGUCAGCAACGACAAAGAUUUCAAGCCCACGAAUCUGCGAUCAAGUGUCUGGCACUUGAUCCUCACGAAGAGUUCUUCGUUAGUGGAGCCGGAGAUGGUGACAUUAAGGUUUGGGGUUUGACCGUCCAUUCUCUUCUCUAUUCAUUUCCCGGGGAGCAUGCCAGGUCCAGUUUCUUCAAAAACAUUGGUCAGGGUGUCACUCAACUGCAAGUGGAUUCGUCAGGGCGUUUGUUCUCAUGUGGAGCGGACGGAUCCAUGAAAGUUCGUCAACUGCCAGAACGUGACUGUAUCGUGCACACCCUUUAUUAGGAUUAACCAAUAACUCGCUUAAUCCUAUCCGAGUGAGUAAGCAAAUCAAGGCAACCAAUGUUUGAUUUUUCUAUCUAACGUUGGGUUUCCUAUCUCAUGCUAGAACAUACUGUGUGAGCGUCAAUCUAUUUCAGAGUUCCAGCUGGGCUCAUGGUCCGACAAUGAGUUUAAAUGGUAGGGCGACGCUCACUUACCAAGUAUUGGACCAGUCGGAAGUGAUUGUGAACGCCUCGAAAUUCUGUAUUUUUACCUGUGAUGCCUGGUAUCUCGAGGAACGCACAUUUUUGCAUUUCUUGAGCUUUACAUUCGACUGGGCAGGCCUAGUACUCUAGUGCCAAUGGGCUCAGGGCUACAGCUUCCUUCUUUCCCUGCGUUGUACAUCAGUUCAAAUAUUUCCCACAGCGAUAUCUUGUCCCAGGGGAGUAAAGUUUAUUUCAGCAGGUUUAAUGGCUAGAUAAUGUAGAGAAAAAAAAGAAGGACUCUGCUUCUUUAUGUCAACCGCAAGACGGAGAAGCUAAAUCAUCCUGUGCGGACGCAUUGUAUUUUAAUCGACGCCUAAUGCAACCCCGAAGAUGAAUCUAUGAUACAUAAUAGUGUGCGUGUGUGUGCGCGUGAGGGAGAGAGAGAGAGAGUGUGUGAGAGGGGGGGGGGGGGGAUUCCUUUUGAUGAAACGACAUUCGAUGUGAAAUGAAACUUACAUAACUAACAAUAGCCAGAUCUUCUAUGACUUUGGAUUAUGUGUUUCUCUAAAAUCUCUUUCAUAUAAAAAUCUAAAUUAUUAUUAACAAUCAUUCCGUUUGCCUGUAAAAUUUAUAUUAAUACUCUAAUACCAUUCGAGCCCAUAUAGCCACCCAUCUAUUAAUAUUAUGUAUCGUUGAAUGUAGGUUUAUCCACUUGCGUCUAAAAAAUUCUAAAGCGAGAUGUACCAUGCUAAUGGUUUUAAGUAAGUGUAUGCUCGUAGAUAAUUUUAGGUUAUCGCAUGAAAAACAGAUGUAGUGUGUUGUAUGUGAUACACUAUGCAGGUGAUGUACUCUCGGACAGUUUGACAAGCUAGUUCGAUGUAACUCCUACAAUACGUACCUAAAUGUCUUGAUACCUUAUUUCGCAUUCGUUUUGCCGAUAUUUAUUGACCACAUUGGUGCCAUAACAAGUUCUUGAAAGUCGUACUCAGUGAGUUUACUUUUAAUAAUGCAUUGAAAUAUCGGAUGUUGUAUUAGAAGUUGCAUAGCGGAGCAUUAUCUAUAUCAAUUAUUCGAUUAAGACUUUGUGUGAUAGUAGUAGAAAGUGGAGUCACAGCUGAACACAGACAGGGACUGUUGCUCAGAAUUAAAGUAGAACGUACGAGCGUCAUCUAAGAAUUCUCGUUUGAUUCCGAGUACAAUCAAUAGUUUCUACAUUUAGUGAAUGCAAAAGAGUGUCUUUCGUUCGAUCACUUGUUCCAGCAAUUGACUGGGCGGAAGCCAAUCAAUGAGUCUCGAUUAUUCAUUGUUUCUUACGUAAAAUAUAGAGAAUGGAAUGAUAGCUAUUUUUUGCAUUUUGCAAAACUCGAGUUUUCCCGAAAAUAUUUAGCCGAUUGAAAGGGUUGGUCCGACCGAUUACAAACUGUACGCUUAGGGGCAUCUCUCAUAAUAGUUACGGUUUUGAAGCGAUCCAAUCGCAGAUAUACAUAUCUGCUGGGUGGUCACAGUCGAUCGAUAAUCCUGAAUAAUAAUGCGUUAGGUAUUACAAUUACUUAACGUUGAACUUGGAGGGAAUGUCAGAUAGCUCUUCCCUGGCUACUUUUCAAAUUCUUUUUAAAUCUAUAAGAUUGUUUAUUCUUUGAUAUAACAUGAGAAACUGUUACUAUAUAACAUUGUUGGUACUAUAUUACGAUUAUACAUGUGAUGUUAUUAAAUUACUGCAUGAGUCCGCGUCGAGAAUCGAGACAACAGAGGGAGGUUUCGUCAUUUCAUACAAUUUAAUUGGCUCCUCUGCUCCCAGAGACUCUUCAAGGAAUUGCCCAAGUAUUUUAUAAGAGAUUGAUCAUAAUUUCUAAGUCUUUCGAAAAGUCCUAAAAUUCUCACGUUCUCCUUCCUCCAGUAUGCAUCUUCGAUUGACUCCGGUAUUCACUCAGCUGAGAUUGACGAUUCAUUAAAAUUGUUUCGUCAAUUUUUCGGCCUAGUAAGCUCAGAGAUAACAGCUACGUGAACACACAAUUUAGUUUCCCCCCUAUGAUUACAAGAGUUGAGACGAGAGCAAUUACCUUUUCAUUAAUUUGGUAGACGUGUAAUAUGAUGUUGAUAGUAUAGAAUCCCAUGCAUAAUAUGUAAUGCAUAUAUUUGUGUAUAUAAAAUACAUGAAUACAUAGAUAAAUAUUGCGUAGAAAGAUAGUAAGAAAUAUUAAUAUAUAAAAUGUUACAGUUAAGCUAUUAAACUAUUGAGCUAUUCGAAUAAGUAAAGGCAAUUAUAAAAGUGGACUGUUAUUCCUGCAGUCUUACUUACAGUAUUGUAUACAUUACGAUGAAAGUAGAGGAAUAAAUGUUGCUUUGGUUUGCUUAUACAAUACAUGUACACUGCUACUGACAUAAUUGAUCACUAGACACUGGACAAAGACUUUGUUAGCGAGGGAAUUUCGCUGUCGUUGCACACUUGAUCGUAUAUUGUAAUUCUAUGUAAGUUGUACGUAUUAAAAGAGUUAAUAUCAUCGAGGCAUAGGCAUCUUCUUCAGAUUAUAAGAGAGAAAA